AUGGCUCUUGCGAUAUGCCGAAGAUUUCCAGGCACUUUCUGUGGAACACCUUCCCAACCAGCUCUAAUCAAGAAUCAUAUAAACAAGAAAUUGCUUGGUCAGACAUGUGAGGACUGUGCUCUGACCACUAGAAUGAUCAGUACUGACACCAGAAUGGCAGCCAUUCUCCAGCUGUUAAAACCUAUAAGAUAUUGGACAUUUUGCAAUCCUUUUAUCUACAGUGCAACCCAAAGUGUGGCAUGGAGGAAUAUGAGAAGCUACAUGUGGCACAAAGGACAGAACUCUCCAGAAAACAGCCUCUGCUGUCCUGCCAGAAAAGUUAACAUUUGUAGCACCUCUGCUGGUUGGAGGAUUCUGACAACUGGCAAUACCCUCCCAGGUUUGGGACUCAGUAGGGCUUCUGCCUCUAAGGCCAGCACGUUGAACCUGCACUCAUCCAGGGCCAUGAGAAUUAAUGAAGAGGAUGUAGAAACUUUUGAUUCCCUUGAAGACCCUCGAGUUUUCCUCCGGCUAAGACCAGAAUAUCAGCUUCACAGCUAUAACAGACCUGUGACUUGUCAACCUCUGUCAAUUUCAGAAGGUGAACUAAUUUUGCACAAAGUCACCGUUUAUCAAGAUAAUCUCCAGCCUCAAAUUAUUGUUGACUAUUUCUGUAAGCUGAGUUCUUUGCCUGCAGAGCAACAUCCCGUUUUGCUGUCCAGUACCAGCUUUGCUCUGCUCUGCCAGCUGAGUGUGAAAAACAUACAUCUCUUUGAUGCCCCAGAUCUGAUCAGUAUUUUGAAAGCUUUUGUCAUUUUAGGAAUUCCUCAUUCCCAUUCAAUGCUAGAUGUAUUUGAAACAAACUUUUGCCAUAAGGUAUGGGAAAUGAGUCUGGAUCAACUUCUCUUGGUGGCUGACCUCUGGCGGUACUUGGGACGCAGAGUACCUCGGUUUUUAAAGAUCUUUUUUAGUUAUCUUAAUUUGCAUUGGAAAGAUCUAUCCCUGUCCCAGCUGAUUCACUUAAUUUAUAUUAUAGGUGAAAGUCGUCAGGCACCCCAGGAUCUAAUGCAAAAACUGGAAUCAUUGAUCCUCAAGUAUAUAGAUUUGAUCAAUUUAGAAGAGGUUGGUUCAAUCUGUUUGGGGUUUUUUAAAUCAAGUAGUAGUCUCUCUGAAUUUGUCAUGAGGAAAUUUGGAGACCUGGCUUGUGCUGACAUGCAGCAUCUGAGUAGUUAUGCCUUAGUGAAUAUUCUUAAAAUGUUCCGUUUCACUCAUGUGGAUCACGUAAAUUUCAUGAAGCAAUUUGGACAGAUUGCUCCUCAGCGAAUUCCUUCCCUGGGAGUUCAGGGUGUCAUGCACCUGACUCUUGCCUGCUCGGCGUUACGCUUCCUGGAUGAAAGGGUAAUGAAUGCGGUGGCUGCUUCUUUGCCUCCUAGGGUAGCAUACUGUCGAAGUAAAGAUGUUGCCAAGAUUCUGUGGUCAUUUGGAACUCUGAAUUAUAAGCCACCCAAUGCAGAAGAGUUUUAUUCUAGCCUGAUAAAUGAGAUUCACAGAAAGAUGCUUGAGUUCAAUCGAUACCCAGAACACCUGCUCACGUGCUUGCUGGGCCUGGCAUUUUCUGAGUACUUUCCAGUAGAGCUCAUAGAUUUUGCUUUGAGUCCAGGGUUUGUCAGGUUAGCUCAGGAGAGAAGUAAGUUUGAGGUCACCAAGGAGCUGUAUACUCUUGAUGGAACAGUUGGCAUUGAAUGUCCAGAUUACAGAGGCAAUCGUCUUAGCUCUCAGCUUCAGCAAGAGGGGUCAGAAAUGGUAUGGAAUUUAGCAAAGAAGGAUAUGAGCUCAAAACCUGAAUUCCUAGAAGCUCUCUUUUUACUUGAGACCAUGUUGGGUGGGCCCCAGUAUGUCAAACACCAUAUGAUUUUGCCUCAUACCCGAUCUUCUGAUUUAGAGGUUCAACUUGAUGUUAACAUGAAGCCAUUACCAUUUAACAGAGAAGCCAUACCAAUUGAAGAUGUAGCCAAGUUAAGGUUUAAGCAUGUGGGAGUCAACCUUACUGAUGAUUUGAUGAAUCAGCUACUAAAAGGGAAAUCAAGAGGGCAUUCCCAGGGGGAAAUUGAGUCAGAUAGUGGGCAGCAGCCCUUGAAAUUAGAGGAGGAGACAGCUAAACCUGUGGGAGGCUCCCUUUGCAAUAAGGUAGACAGAUUGGGGGCCAUGGAGAUGGCUGGCCUAUCCCCCCCGACCUGCUUGCAGGCCCCACAAGUGAAGCUGGCUAUUCAGUUGACAAACAGGAACCAGUAUUGCUAUGGUUCCAGAGAUCUGCUCGGACUGCAUAAUAUGAAGAGGCGGCAGCUGAAUCAACUUGGGUACCGUGUGGUGGAGUUAUCUCACUGGGAAUGGCUCCCACUACUGAAACGAACUCGCUUAGAAAAACUGGCUUUUCUCCAUGAGAAGGUGUUCACCUCUGCUCUCUGA